CCUCCCGAAUCCUCUCUUGUAUCUUCAGCGAAUCGAGAUUCACCCCGGUCGUCCUGACUGUCAGAGGAAGGACAAGAUGCGGCGGCGGUUCAUCAACCCGGUGAUGAAGGAUUACGCCGUCGACGGCUCCUACUGGCUCAGCCGCAUGAGGCCCCAAGAAAACCUCUUCUACGCGUCCACGGUGGAAGCAAUGGCGGCGCAGGCGCAGGCCAGGAAGGAUAAACUCAACGCGAUGCUGCCGUUCGGGAGCACCCUGGAGCUGCCCCCGCCGGCGGCCAGAUUCAAGUCAUCCUGCACGGACUGCCUGACGCUCGACUUCAUGCCUUUCUACGGGCGAGACAGCCCCAGCGAGGGCAGGAUCGUCGCGCUCGACUCGACCGGGCACACCGUCCUCUACGACGCCGACGGCGACCCUUGCUCCGUCGAGGCGCUGCCCCGCGUCAACUCCUCCAAUUGGCGAACUCCCAUCUCCCUGUGCGUCACCGGCGCCGACGCCAACGCAGCCGCCCGGGACUCCGGUCGCUCCGACGUGCUCUACGGCAUCAACAUGUUCAACUCGGGCGACUUCGAGGCGCUCGUCCACUGCAACCCCGGGAGGAUUGAUGGAGCUAAAGCUUGGCACUGGCUCAAGCUUCCGUCGCCGCCCUACCUUGAUAAUCCAGGUCUGGAUCACACCAUCCAUUCCCACACGCUGCUCGAGGACGGCAAAACCAUCUGCUUCUCCUCGCGCCGCGACAAUGGAGGCUUCGGCACCUACUGCUUCGACACGUCCAGCUACGAGUGGACCAAGGCCUGCCGCUGGGCGCUGCCCUUCAUCGGCCGUGCCUGGCACGUCCCUGAGCUCUGCAACCUCUGGUUCGGCUUCAACAGCAACAACCCAAACAACAUCUGUGCUCUUGAACUCUCUGAGCUUGACAGUCAUCCCAAGGUGCUGCACGAGUGGCGAGCCUUCAACACUCCCAGGAACUGGAUGCUGGUUAACAGCACCAUGGUUUACCUGGGGGGCAACAGGUUUUGCGUCGUCAGGCUCUUUGGCGUUUACAAUGGACCCCCGGACAGGAACGAUGAGCCGACUGACACGGUUUCUAUCAUCACCGGCCUGGAGAUUGUCAAGGGACAAACAAGUGAAACCGUGCUGCGCAUGGUCAAGCACAAGAGCAGAACUUACGUCUUCGAAGGCUGUGGCAUUGAGUGUGUGUUCUAAUUAACUCUUGCGUCCUUUGUUCGGUUUCAACACUCUAGUUGGUUACAGUGAUUUCAACUGUUC